CAAGAUUCCUAAUCCUAAGGGCCGGUGAUCCACAGUUGGCGAUAAAAUCAGGGGGGAAAAAAAAUGGAGUUUUAUCAAUGGCUUCAAUCCCCAGACACUGCAUGAAACGAGAGUUUCUUUAGCAUUGCUGAAUUGCAAGAGAUUAAUAAUUAAUCUGUUAAAGCAGAAGAAUGGUAGUCACUGUCGUUUUUGUGCUGCAAAUAAUGCUGGAAUCAACGAAAGUAGCUGCAACAACAGCUAUACGAGGGCAGGGAUGUGGAGGCAGAUGUGGAGACAUUGAAAUCCAAUACCCAUUUGGUAUUAGAGCUGAUUGUGCCAUGGACAAAUGGUUUGUGAUUGAUUGCAUUCAAACUGCAAACUCUACUACACCUUUCAUGAGCAGCACCAAAUUGGAGCUGCUAAAUAUCGACUAUGCACACAGCCGCUUGCUAGUUAAGGGUCCAAUAUUCUCCUACAAUUGUAGCCAUUCCAAAACCGGUCAAGUUAUGAAUUUAAGUCGGACAUCAUUCACCUUUUCUGGGUACAAUAAGUUCGCCGUUGUGGGCUGCAACAACCGUGCCGUGCUAUCCUCUUCUGAACCAGACGGCAAUGGAUGCCAGCCAACCUGCAAAACAAAUGUUAAAUCUAAAGGGUGCCGUGGAAACAGAUGCUGCCAAACCUCAAUCCCUUAUUUUCAACAGCUAUUUGCACCCAGUUUUGAAGAUGUGGAUGAUGAUCAAUGCAGGAUGGCCUUCAUGGUGCGAACAAAAUGGUUCAAGGCUAACGUAACAGAUCCUUAUAAGGUGCAAGAAUUGGACUAUGUUCCAGUUCUUCUGGAUUGGAAAAUCAAUGCAACAGCCUUGGGAUCGGUUGUUAUUGAUGAGAAAUCCACCUACAAUGAUCCUUUUGUUUACUAUGACAAAUUCGAUUUCCCGUACCCCAACAGCACUGUCUUAAUGUGUCGUAAUGGCUUCAUAGGCAACCCUUAUCUACCUGUUGGAUGCCAAGAUGUUAAUGAAUGCGAGGAUCCAAUGGUGACAAGUCAAUGUCAAGGAUUAUGCAGAAACACACAAGGUUCCUAUAAAUGCAUACCCGAUAGAUCUCGGAACACUAUUCUAGGUAUUAGUGUGGCAUUUGGAGCAUUGAUUCUCCUAAUUAGUACGUGGUGGUUAUAUAAAUUUAUUAAGAAAAGAAAACAGACAAAGCGUAGAAGAAAAUUCUUCAAGAAAAAUGGUGGUUUGUUAUUGCGACAACAACUCGGUUCAAGUCAAGGAAAUAUCGAGCGGACCAAAAUAUUCAGUUGUAAGGAGUUAGACCAUGCAACAGAUCACUUUAAUGUGAAUAGAAUUAUUGGUCAAGGUGGCCAAGGCGCCGUUUACAAAGGAACAUUGGCUGAUGGAAGAAUUGUUGCAAUUAAAAAGUCCAUGAAAAUAGACGAAGCAAAAGUUGAAGAAUUCAUUAACGAGUGUGGAAUUUUGUCACAAAUUAAUCACAGAAAUGUUGUAAAGCUACUUGGGUGUUGCUUGGAGACGCAUGUUCCUCUUCUUGUCUAUGAAUUCAUCCCCAAUGGAACCCUUUAUCAGUAUCUCCAUCAUCAAAAUGAAGAAUUUCAAUUAACAUGGAAAAUGCGUUUGCAAAUUGCUAUCCAAGUUUCUGGGGCAAUUUCAUAUCUGCACUCCGAGGUAUGCAUGCCAAUUUAUCAUCGAGAUAUCAAGUCUACAAAUAUUCUGUUGGAUGAAAAGUUUACAGCAAAAGUAUCAGAUUUUGGAGUUUCAAGAUCUAUCCAGAUUGAUAAAAGUCAUCUGACUACUCAUGUAAAGGGAACUUUUGGAUAUGUAGAUCCAGAGUACUUCCAAUCAAGCUUGCUUACUGAAAAGAGUGAUGUUUAUAGUUUUGGUGUAGUUCUCGUCGAGCUCAUAACUGGACAAAAACCAAUUUCUUCAGAAAGAGUAGAAGAAGGUGUUGGAUUAGCUGCAUGUUUCAUUCUUUCAAUGGAAAAUGACAAACUCUUUGAUAUGCUUGAUCCCCAAAUUGUGGGCCAAUGCAACAUAGAAGAAGUUACUGCAGUUGCUAACCUUGCAAAAAGAUGCUUGUACUUGAACGGCAAGCUACGACCUACUAUGAAAGAAGUACUGACAGAGUUGGAAGGAAUUCAAUUAUCUCUGAAAUAUGCAAGUAUUCAACAAAAUACUACGAAUGAAGUUGAACCAAACCCUUCGGAUGCUUCAUCUACUUCCACAAGCUCAUGUUGUGAUAGUCCUCAAGUCUCCAUAAACAUUUUCAAAUCCAACCCAGACUUUGAACCAGCGAAGGAAGAGGGAGCGGAGCAUUAAGUGUUUAAGGUUCGAUCAACAUAUUGUUAAACCCAUACACCAUUUAAUA